GCCCCCGCGACCCGACCCCGGAUAGGCGGAAGAAAAUGGAUGGAUGGAUGGAACCUCUGACACUUGUACAAAAACAUGAUGCCUCUAUUUUAAUUAGCAAUUAAAAAAGCCUUGUAAUUAGACCUGGUCUCCGUGGUCUGCUGGGACCACUUUAAAUUUGCCAGUAAAACAAGUCAGGAUCUCAACAGUUAGAACAAAUUGAAGGAAAGAGGAAGUGGUUAAUUUAUCAAGGCACRCCUACUGUAUAUUCAAAUAAAACCCAAGAAACCUUUGAGUAAACCGUGUUCAAUGACUUUAUUAGCUUAUGUUUGAAUAAAAAGUCAAAGAAUCUGUUCGCCGAAAGAGAAUAAACUAGAUGGAAAAAAUGCCAUAAUCCACAGCAUGUGUGUGUACAGUAUUUUAUGCAGUCAAGCUGGUUAAACAGCAAAGAUUCUUGCUGCCACAUUCUUUGAAUUUUCCUCCUACCAGCAUGAUGACUUCUAAUGAAGACAGUAACUGGAUGGACAGGUGUGCAGGGUCAGGUACACUUGUGACUGUGCUAAUGAGGGAGAUCCUCUGGUCAUAUGAACAGCUUGGAUACUUGAACAAUUGAACUUUUGUUGAUUUUAAUUAAGAUUUUAAUCAAGAGGUUGCAUCAUUUAAAGUAAAACGUUUGUCACUGGACAAUGGUGUGGGCAAAUAUGCUGUGCAUGCACGAGUGGGUGUUCGUUGUGUUAGCAAAAUAUUUCACACGAUCAGAUUUUAUUGAAACUUUUAAGAAAAAACAAUCAUUAGAUAAACAUCUACAACUGAUUAUGUAGGCAUGCAGCGUGAUUCAAUUUGACCUCCUUAGCAAACACAAAAGUCAAUAUAAUUCAAUCAGUUUUUCGUAUAUUUAGUUAAAACUUGGUAUGAUAGUAGCUGAGACUCACUUUUAACAUUAUGCACUAACGGAAUGCACAAAAUCAUGUGAGAUCACACCAAAAGUUAUUCACAAGGGUCAACCAAGAACAGCUUGAUCUCAUUAACUCUUCCUUCAUGGAAUGUUUAACGCUUAUCUAUCUAUCUAUCUAUCUAUCUAUCUAUCUAUCUAUCUAUCUAUCUAUCUAUCUAUCUAUCUGAAAUAACUGUUAUAAUUUUUUAUGUGGAGUUCAUAUAUUUACAAAUCCAGUCUUGUGGAAGAAGACAACCAGCACAGUGGGGGUACCGCAGGGAUGUGUUUUUGGCCACUUUUCAGUUAUUUUUCUACAUUUAGCACAAAAAGUAAGGACAUUUGUAUUUGGUAUAAGAUUUYUUUGUUGUAACAAUUCUUCUUGGCAAAAAAUCUUAUACCGUUGGAAAGCUUGUUGGGGCCACAUUUGUAAGGAACAUGCAUUUGUGGAAUGAGCUGUAGAGCUGAGUAUGUGGGUUAAGUGCAUGAAGAAUUUGCCAAAAUCUUCGCUGCCAAACAGCUUAUUUUUUUUGUUGCUAUUAACACUUGUUUUGAGCUUCUGGUACCCUCAAGUGCUGCCAAUCAUGUGCAAAACGUAAGAUUCAAGUUAAAGACUAUACUAACAAAAUAUUUGUUUUAUUUAAAUGUAAUGGUAGCUACACAAACGCAUCAAUGAAAAGGUAAAUUCAACAACGAUUUUAAUAUAAAUUUAGGUCGAAGUACUUUUUAUAUUGUUAUUGAAUCAUUUUAUUAUUACUUAGAAAAGUGGAUUAAAUAUUUGAUUAAAAAAGAUGACCUCUAAAGUUGAUGCUACUGUUUGAAUUUAAAUGGCUUGAUUAUACUUUGAACCAGAUAAAUGGUUAUAUUUUUAUUUUUUUAAUGACCAGAAUACUUGUUUUCAGAAGCUAAGAACAAAAUAAGCAUCUAUUAACCUUCUGUGUGAUAAUGAAAACACUGACGUACAGUGAAAACAUGUUGUUGACUUUGCCAUGAUGUAAAAAAAAAAGAGGAACCCUGUGUUCCUGAACAUGUGCGUUCAUUAAAUCAGCCUUCUCUAACCUCGGCCACACCAGCUCUGAGGAGCAGAUUUGAACAAAGUCUUUUUCAGCUGGAUCAAAGCAGAGCAACUCAGCCACUCAGGUGAAACAGGAAUGUGACUGAAAAGGAGGCCUCACCUGCAGGAGGAGGGAGGAGGAGCGGCGAAGGGACAAUGGGCGGGGGUUGAGCCUUUUUUUAAACUCUGUCUAGAAAAAAAGUUUACACUCACUUGUUGCUGACAGCGUUUUUUUUCUUUACCUGGGAUUUACCUGCUGAUCGACAUGAAACAGUGAAUUCCAGCUGAGUCUUGACAGAAAAGCAGAAAAAUGAAGAAAGGGCUGCUGAAUUUAACGGGUCGGAAGAACCAGUCUCUUUUCGACACCAAAGUUAAGAUCCAGGACAUGGAAAAUGUGGAGCUGGUGCUGGACUCAACCAAGAUCUCAGAAUCUGGGACAGCCAACGUUCGAGCCAGACCCACUGUCAAACAUCACACUUCUGUGGCUGACAGUUUCCAGGGGUUUGCCGUCCCAACUCCUAAAGUCCCUCUCCUCCCCAAUACUAAUGGUCCAAAAAUCAAUGGCACAGAUGCUGGAACUAAAUUAUCCAACGGAUCCAUCAUAUCUGGCCAUAUGGAAGAUGAAAUAUUUGUUCCCCCUCCUCCUCCUUCAAUGGCCCCGCCACCUCCUCCAGUUAAUUUUAUCCCCCCUCCGGUAGACUUCCUUGGUGACCUGAACACCCUUGAUGCCCUUCAGUCUCCUUCUAUGCCAGCACCAAAACCACCGCUGUCCAAGGAGCAGGAGGAUUUGGCCAUCUUAAAGCCUCCAUCAACAGUACCACUAAGGCCCUCAUCAGCCUGCUCAACUAGCUCUGCAUCAUCGACAUCCAUUUCCAAUCCACUACCAACCAUUAUUCCUGAGCAUCCAAAAUUUGCCCCACCACAGCCUCCACAGGAAAAACAACCCAAGACUAGUAAAGUACCGCCUCCGAAGCCUGCUAGAUACUCUUCCAUGUUUAACAUUGACUCCCCACCAGAUAACCCAGCACCAUCUCCCACUGGGAACUCCUCCACAUUCUCCACCUUCAAUCCCCAACAUAAACCAAAGAUAUUAGAUACUCCAAAAACCACGUUCCUUGGCACACAAGAGAAUCACGAUGCCAGACCAAAGCAGAUGCUACUCUUGGAAGACUUGGGGUCUGGUAACUCUGUUCCUGUGCUUGUCACUGUGGAAGGAAAACCCACUCCAGUGUCUAAACCAGCUAAACCAGACCCUAAAGAAGUACAGGAACCACAGAAGGACUUAGAAGUCCCCCAGCCAUCUAAACUAGAAACCCCAAAACCAUCUCAACCAGAAGUACCUAAACCAUCUCAACCAGAAGUACCCAGAUCAUCUCAACUACCCCAACCUGAGCUUCAAAAAGAGAUUAAAAAAGAACCYGUUGCAUCCCUGCCAGACAUAACCAAACCACUUCAGUCUCCACAGCUACAGAAAAUGAAUAAUGUUCAGAGUGAUUUAGAAGUCCCUGAACCUAACGGAUCUCCAGGUCAAACCCGCAGUUUCAGUCCAAUGUUGGAUCGUAAGCUACGUACUCURAAGGCUAAUGAAAACAGCGGGACACGAGAGACCCACACAGCAUCACCACUGGCUCUCCUACAGGCAGCUAAACAGAGAGACAAGCAGAGAACGUCUGCCUCGGUGUCACGAGAAAGCAGCACCAAGAUGAGUGAACAGUCCAGUGCAAUCAUUUACCCGAGUGAUUCAAGUCCAAAUUCCUUUGUUGUUGUACCCAAGUCUCCUUCAUCGUACUUGACUCCUUCACAAGAAAGGUUACAAGAAAGUACAAAGUCUGUUUGGUCUACAGAACAUGAAAAUGCAAUUCAAGCUCCAGAAAAAUCCUUCAGUCCUGCUGAGGUCAUAGAUCAGAAGCCACCGAAUGGUCCGGCACCUUCAUUCCCAAUUGUAAACAACCUGGUUGAGCAGAAACAAAAUGUCAAAGAACCCCCAUCAAUGUCCCAAGCUGUACAGGAGGACGAGGAUCUGAAUGUGCCAUUGCUUCCUCCACCACCAGGGUUUGAUGACUUUUUGACAACAAUUGAACCACCCCCAUCCAUCCAUCCACCUGAUCCCCCUCCGAAAAAGGCCCUACAACCAGCAGUAGCCUCRCCACCUCCAACUCUGGCUCUUCCAAAUCACAUACCACCUCCACCCCCAAAACUCCCGCCUCCUGAAACAGACGUCAAACCAAAAGCKCAAUUCCAGACAAAACCCAAGCCUGCUGCCAAUAAACUCCCMACCAAUCAAGUCCCUGCUACCCUUUCACCCAAUCAGGCCACUCUCCUAAGCAUCUUGCAAAAGAAGAUGAUUGAAAUGGACCAGAAAAUGACCCCUGUGAACAACRCUGACUCCAGUACUGAUGACUGGGGUACCACGGCAUCUGAAGAAGACAAUAAGGUUCCUGUGAUACCAAAAGCCAAAUCACAGAUCAAAAAUCCCCCUCCCACAAAAACCAAACCAACAUCUAUGGACAUGAAGGAGCUGGAGGGUAAACUGGUCAAGAAAUACCAGCAGAGCUCGCAAGUGAAACCKCCCACCAGCGGUGGGGCACAUUCCAGACACCAGUAUGGGAUGACGUUCAACAUUCGGCCUGGAGCYGAACAGCCCAUUACUCUUGUCAGUAAAGGAGAAUCCUAAAAGUUUUGCUGCUGUUAAACAAAUCUAAGAAACCUUGUAUUAUUUUAAACCAGCAGUAAUUUGUACACUGCAUGGUGAUUUUAUUUAAACAGCUAACAAUUCUGGAAAAUCGUAUGGUCAUCGUCAGGUAUGGCUUUUCUGUCCAUUUUCCCUAUAGUUUUUUUAWGUUUCACUAAUGUAAGAAUUUUAAUAUAUGUGUAUAAAUCUGUACAUAAUGUUGCCUUUUUAAGCACAACCUUUAAUCAGUUUCCACUCUACAUGGACAAAUGUUCUUUAUGUAAGUAAAUCCAGUGAAGGAGAAAAUGUUAUGUAGUUUUUCAGGCUUCUCUAAUUGAUGGUAAAAAAAAACACUUGUGUACUAUAUAAUUGUUUAUGCUGCAUUUAAACAAAUAAUAAAAAGGUUCUUUUACUGUUACAUGUACUUGACACGUCAGCUGAAAAAAAAGGCUAAACAUUAAUUUAGGAGUGUGCAGGUGUUUUGCAUAUUUAUUGUUUUAUUGUCUAUGUAAUAAUUUACAGAACAGUUUUUAUUAGUGUAGUUAGAUUAUCAACAUACGUAUGUUUGUAUAAAAUAAAUUCAGAUUUAUGCAUGAGUAUAAACAGAAUUCACCUAUUGACUUGUUCGUCUACAACGUAUGUACUGAAGUAAUAAUUGUAUUUGUGUAAAAUAUAAAGCAUAUAUUGAGAA